AGCCAGCCCAUGGCAGCUCAUAGCAAGGCGGUCAAAGAGAGUGUUCUGUCCUUUCUCUCUUACCUACUCAGACAUCAACAUUUUCUCCUGCUCUUUCUGUGUCAGCUGCUCUCAGAUUUACCCGCCUAUUAAUGUGCUGCCCUCGUUGUCUCGGUGAAUGAAGUCUGCUACUGGAGAAGGUAUGACCAGAAAGGAUCACGCCGAUGUAUCUAACCAGCUGUAUGCAUGCUAUGCUAUUGGUAAGGAUGCGCAGGCCAUGAAAGCCGUAGUUGGAGAAGAAGCCCUUACCUCAGAUGAUGUGCUUUAUUUGGAAUUUCUGCAGAAGUUUGAGAGGAACUUCAUUGCUCAGGGUCCUUACGAAAACCGCACUGUCUAUGAGACUUUGGACAUUGGCUGGCAACUGCUCCGAAUCUUCCCCAAAGAAAUGCUGAAGAGAAUCCCUUAGAGCACCUUGAGCGAAUUCUACCCUCGAGACUCUGCAAAGCAUUAGCUGCUACUUAUCGCUGGCUCGAUGCUCUUGUGAAAUACUGGUUCUGUUUUCUUUAUUCCUUUUGCACUCCCCCAUCCCCACCUUUGUGUUGGAGUUUACUGUGUUACCCUGUAAUUAAAAACAAAGAAUAGGUAACAUAUUGUGCCAGUGUUGCAAUGUUUUAAACUGCUAACAGACUUUAAAAUAUCCCCUGUUCCGAAAACCUGGAACUGCAGUGCUUUGUUUAAAGUAGCUGAGGGUUGGAGGUGAAGUUUUCUUACUGAUGUGUGUAUUCGUACGUAGUGGUGUAGUUAGCUGCCUAGUGUCCUCAUUAUUUGGGUCUCUCAGACCUUCCCUGUCCACCCCCUCCAGAGUAUCACUAUCUGAAGUUACAAUGCUUUGAUCUCCAAACUAGGGACAAGAUAGGGUCUGAAAGACGCUUCCUCUCCGAGCCGAGACGCUUUCCUGAGCGCUUGUUUUUAGAUUUUGGUGUGCCUCUGGGUCUGCUCUAAGCAGAUGGCUUUUCCUGUCCACCUGCUGUUUCCUAUUGAAUGAAUAGGUUAGAAAAGGAGUUUCCUUUUCCUCUUUGGUGCGGAUCAGUUUCAACUCCUGUGUCUUACUGUUCUCCCUCCCUCUGAGUAACACAGAAUCAUGCAGCUUUUGCCCAACUGGCAUUGAUCUGAUAGUAGUGAGAUGCCCUGUCUUGAUGAUCCCUUACUGGGUUUCCAUGCAGAGGAAUCAUAAUGAAAAUAAUUAAUAGAAUUGUUGGUUGGCAAGAGUUGGGAUACAAUUUUUGAAGAAAGAAAAAACCUAUAUCGGUUCUACAUUCGGACAUGCUAACAGUGGUUUUAAGUUUCUAAAGUGUUGACCGGAUGCUAAAGGCAAGGUGGGGAAGAGAAAGCUCUUCUGUGUAUGGAAUCUUUUAUAUAUAUAUAUAAUCUAUGGAUAUUUUAAACUCUGUUAGAUAGCAGCCUUUGGAAAAUCCCCUAAUUGGUCCUGCUUUCUGACCUAUCUGCCUUUUCAGGGUAAUCUUGUGGCACAAGUGAUAGCAUUUAAAAGCUUUAGUCUUUUAAUUCCUCCUCCUUCCUGCUGCGAGCCCUGAGCUGUCUUCUGUGCACUUCUGACAUGUCUACUGUUUGGUCUCUCUGUGUUCUUUGUUACUUGGGUGCAGUAGCAACUUCUCUGUGCAUUCCAUCUUUCUUUCAAGUUGUGUAAAGUUCUUCACUUUUUUUCUCUGAGGGUAUAGGGAGUGGGGGGAGUCAGCAUGAUUAUAUUUUAAUGUAGAAAAUGUGACCUGGAUAUAAAAUGAAAAUAAAUAUUAAAUUAAAUGGAAGUUACCUAAAGUGACUCAAGCAAUAGCAACAAGCAAAUAUAUAAUAAUGCACCUCUCUUUGACUGACAGUUUUGAACAUCAUAACCAGUAUUGUGAACCAGCCCCUUGAUUCACAAUAUUAUGAACCAUGUCCCCUUUACAGGGACAUGGCCCAUGUUCUGUACCCUCUGCCUUUUAGGCUGCCCUUUCAAGCUCUUUUCAGUAAUACCUCUUCCAACAUAUUGUUGUUUGAUCCAAGGUUGAGAGUUGCUAGGGUGUGGGGUUGUUUGUUUGUUUUGCAGAUCGUUAGUGGCUGUAAGUUCUCUGAAACUUGAAGUUUUGAUUCAGGGUCCACUUAGCAUUUUCGAGAGUUACUAAGGUGUUUUAUAGCAUUCUUUGUUUCAGACAUUCUCAGGACCUCUAGAGCCUGUCUGCCAUGAAUGAAAGAGGGUAAUAAAUAGAAAAUGAAAUACAUACUGAAGCAAGCCAAAACUUGCUUCAAAUAAAAUCUGAACUAGAUGGUCCAGUAUAUAAAGGAAACAUACUGGUUAAAGCACAGGGAUGUGGCAUCACGGUGGCCUCCCAUUUCUUUCCCCUCUUCAACUCAGAGUGACAUUUAGGAGAUGUAGAGGAAGAGGCUCAGUCAUAGCAAGAGUAGGUAGACCUGUGUUCUGAUUCUGGUGCUGCCACUAACUGU